AUGAAUUCUGAAGCCUCACUUAUACCAAGGAAGCGACAUGGACGACGCUACCAAUUUGAUCCACAAUCAGCAUCACCAGCGUUUCCAUUGGUGGCGGAUAGAGUGCGACAACUAGUAAAUCGUGAUAGAGAUAAUAUGCAAACAACAUAUUGCGAUUGCAGAGUAGCACGAAAAUCUUUGUUUGAAAAACUAUGUAAAGUGGAGCAAGAAUUCAUACCACCAGACUCUAAGGACGAACUUGAUACAAGGGCAGAUGCUCUAAAUGAACAACUUGCAAUUCUAAGCGAGACUAAUCAUGCGCUACAAACAAUGUUACGUGUUAUAGACGGAAAACGUCGUGGCGCUGUAAAUCAAGAAGAAAAGACAUUUACAACUGAACCAACAACCACCCAUGAAGAACAAGAUGAGGAGACAUUUGUUAGGGAUAGUCUACGUGAACAGAAGAAAUUGGCAUUCAUGUCAAAGUUGAUGAAACGAUCAAGAUCGGAAUUAGAGCGACGACGUAGAAAAACGAAAGAACAACUAGCGGCAAUACAAAAACGUGUUGAAGAGGAAAAAAUUGAGGAACAAGAAACACUAUUGGGAAGUGAUCGCAAAUUAUUGGUUACGGGAGUAUACAGAAGUCAAUUACGACUCCCUAUCAUGUAA